UUGAACAUUUCUGCCGCGGUCACACUGCUAUUUACACGCCCAAAAUUUCAAUCAAUUGAAACGCAGCGAAAAACCCAAAUAAAACGAUGAAAUCGCUGGAGAAAUGUGUGCUGGCCGUGCUUGUCCUCUGCUGUCUGCUGCAAGUGGGCCAGGCGAUCAAAUGCUGGGAUUGCCGCAGCGAUAACGACCCGAAAUGCGGGGAUCCCUUCGACAACAGCACCCUGGCGAUCACGGACUGCCAACAGGCGCCGGAACUGGAGCACUUGAAGGGCGUGCGGCCGACGAUGUGCCGCAAGAUCCGGCAGAAGGUGCACGGGGAGUGGCGCUACUUCCGCAGCUGCGCCUACAUGGGCGAGCCCGGAAUCGAGGGCGACGAACGCUUCUGUCUGAUGCGCACCGGCAGCUACAACAUCUUCAUGGAGUUCUGCACGUGCAACAGCAAGGACGGCUGCAAUUCGGCGGGAGUUCAUCGCCUUGGCUGGAUGGCAGUGCUUUCCGGAACACUCGUUUCCGUGCUUGUGGCGCAUCUGUUGCGGCAAUAGUUGGAGCGUUCUUCGUCCUCCACUUGUAGCCAAUGCCACGCCUCCUUUGGUCGCUCCUUUGAAACAAGACUGUCUUGACUCUAAAAAAGGGAUUUUACAGAUGUUAAAAACACAAGUUCCAGAUCUAUAUUGCAUCAUAUAAGCUAGGGACAGCAGUACAGAACCUAGGAUCCCAUGCUUAAUAUGAUUUGUUUCUUUCUUUUAGGAUUUGAUUGAUAUUUUUUAAAUUGAAGAACUACAACAGCGUUUUUUUAAUCUGGCGAAUCCCUUUUUUAAACUACGAUAGUCUUGCAAAAAUGAGCGAUGUGUAAUCAAGUGCCUUUCUAUAAACGACUCGAAUUGUAACUUAAGCUUGGAAACCUUUUUCCGUCCACAAGUAUCUUACGCACGUGACAUUCCUUAUCUCAUAAGCUCAAUCUUGUAAUCUCCACCCUCUACUUGUAUUUUGUAACGUGUUUUUACAAAGAAACCCCUUAGUUGUAGUCGCCAGAAGGCUUACAAGUUUUUAUUGUAAUGCAAAGACAAUUAGAACAUUUUUGUAAUUGAAAUAAAAGAUUUACACACUAA